GUUUGAAAAUGGAAAAUUUUGAUGCGUCACUGAGCACCUAUUUCAGGGCAUGGCUGGGUCCCCGAGACACCAGAGUGAAAGGCUGGUUCCUUCUGGACAGCUACAUCCCCACGCUCGUCUGCUCUGUCAUUUACUUACUGAUGGUGUGGCUGGGACCAAAGUACAUGAGGGACCGGCAGCCCUUCUCCUGCCGUGGUGUCCUGGUGCUGUACAACCUGGGCCUCACCCUGCUGUCUCUCUACAUGUUCUACGAGUUAGUGACAGGAGUGUGGGAAGGAAGAUACAACUUCUUCUGCCAAGGCACCCGCAGUGCGGGUGAAUCCGACAUGAAGAUCAUCCGCGUGCUCUGGUGGUACUACUUCUCCAAGCUCAUAGAGUUCAUGGACACCUUCUUCUUCAUCCUGCGCAAGAACAACCACCAGAUCACCGUGCUGCACGUCUACCACCACGCCUCCAUGCUCAACAUCUGGUGGUUCGUGAUGAACUGGGUCCCCUGUGGUCACUGUGCAGUUUGUGCUGACCAUCAUCCAGACGAGCUGUGGGGUGCUGUGGCGGUGCUCCUUCCCGCUUGGCUGGCUCUACUUCCAGAUCGGGUACAUGAUCUCCCUGAUCGCGCUCUUCACCAACUUCUACAUCCAGACUUACAACAAGAAGGGGGCCUCUCGGAGGAAAGACUACCUGAAAGACCACCAGAACGGGUCCGUGACUGCUGUGAACGGGCACGCCAGCAGCUUCUCCCCCCUGGACGGCAGUGCCAAGCCCCGGAAGCUGCGGAAGGAUUGAAACGGCCACGCCCACAGCCAGACACACGUGUGACUGUAAGCACAGUAGAGUCGCGCCCUGACACCCGCCGACAGCGACAGCCACUGCGACUUGGGCCUGCAGUAGUCGAUUCGUGUAGGACCCUUUUCAUCCAUUCCAAACCCCUAGAGUUCCUCCGCAGAUUACACAAGUAGGCAUCAGAUCCCGCACAUUUCCAGGACCUCACUGACCCCGCCCGCCUGCCCGCCCGCCGCGCUAGACUGUGGAAGGGAAUUACUGUAGUGUGUGACACUGCUGUUGCCUUAUUAGUUAUAACAUGAUAGGUGCUGAAUUGUGGUUCACAAUUUAAAAACACUGUAAUCCAAACUUUUUUUUUAAACUGUUGAUCAUGCAUGUGAUUGUAAAUGUAAAUUUGUAUAAUGUCCUUACAGUAGAGAAACACACAUGCCUUACAAUUUAAAAAGCAGGGCCCAAAGCUUACUAGUUCCAAUUAGGAUAGGUUUCAAGUUUGUAUUCAUUUGUAAUAGCUCUGUUCAGAAAAAAAGAAAUCACCGACCGUGAGGGGAGGAAGCCGGUGUGCGCCAGCAGCUCUGGUUUCUUGAGGGUGCGUCAUCAGGAACGGCGCCUUCAGUUCUGUGAUCCGAGCUUUCAGCCAAGCAGGCUCAACCUUGGUGGAACAGUUGGUUUAACUUUUUAACAGAUGUUAUUUUUUUAUUUUGAGUGCCACUAUUGAUAAUGCAAGAGAGCGGGGGAGGGGCGCUGCGGAGCAGUCUUGAUGAACCUUAAAUAUAGAGUCUCUGUCCUCAAGAUUCUGGAACGCGUGUAGGGCAAGCAGGCCAUUUUUAAUUUCUGAAGCACUGAGUGUUUUUAAUGCAGGGAACAAAAAGCCGCGUUUGCUUUGCAGUGCAGGAGAGGAGGUGACCUUCCCAGGACCAGGGCGCAUUUCUGGUUUGGCAGACGCCGCAGGUGAGCGGAGGGAGCUGAAGGCCAGACUCCACAUCUGCAAUCGUGUCUGUACCGGUCUGACCCAAACUGCCUUUGAAAUGUGCCUGGUCCCCUAAAAAUUGAUUAAUAAGAGAGGGAAAAGAACCUUUAAAAACAUGGGGUAAAAUUAAGCAGAUAGGAACAGCAUACGCACAGCUGAUUGGACAGCGAUUUCUUGUUGAGCAUAAAUCUGCCAUCUCCGCCACUUCUUCCGCUUACGAUCUGAAGAUUCAUGGGACCACUUGUUCAAACAUUGUGACCGCUGGUCAUAAAGCCCAUUGUGUGCGCUGUUAACGUGCUGACCGCCCCGUCCCUUCUGCAUUGGAAACAGCUCAUUGAACCACUUGCGACGCAUAGAGAUGGUCGUUGACAACAUAUAAACUGACUGUGGGUUUGAUGUUGAUG